GUACUCUGCGUCCCCUACGUCACGGUCUUUAAACUGAGCAGCCACACUGAAAGUUUGGGACAAGUGGGGCGUCUCUGCUGCUGCACAGUUCGUCUUCGCUGUCAACCUAUUUUAUACAGUCUAUGCUGUCAGCUAACACUAUCAGCAUAUUUCUUUUACAAAGCCUCCCAGUCGUUCAGUCUUCGUCCAGGUUUAAGACACCGGCCGUUGACCUAGCUAGCUAAGUAACGUAAUGCCAAAAUGAGAGGGCUUAUUUCAUUUUUCGCAGAUCUGCUCAAGGGGAAGAAAGUUGCCUUCAGCGACUUCUUACAAAAAUAUGUUUCCAGUCAGCAAUUGUGCCAACGCCUGGACACCCAGAAAAUCCUGCGACGACAGAGCAGGCCGAGAAGAGAGAAGAAGGAGAGAGGCACAGUGGUGAGCUCACUGAACUCAGAAACUUCACAGAUAAAACCGUCAGAUUUUGACUACCUCAAAGUGAUUGGCAAAGGAAGCUUUGGAAAGGUGCUGCUGGCAAGACAUAGAAAAAAUAAAGGCUACUAUGCUGUAAAAGUGCUGCAGAAACAGAUGAUUGUCAAGAGGAAGGAGCAAAGGCACGUGAUGGUUGAGAGGAGCAUACUGCUGAAGGGACUACAGCAUCCAUUCCUGGUGGGGCUCCACUUCUCUUUUCAAACACGAAAAAUGCUCUACUUCGUCCUAGACUACGUUAAUGGGGGGGAGCUUUUCUACCACCUUCAGAGGGAGGGGUCAUUUCCUGAACCCAGGGCUGCUUUCUACGCUGCAGAGAUGGCCUUGGCGCUGGGCUACCUCCACUCUCUUGACAUUGUUUACAGAGAUCUCAAACCAGAGAACAUCCUGCUGGACAGUGAGGGUCAUGUGAUGCUGACUGAUUUUGGGCUUUGUAAAGAAGGGGUGGCCACGGGUGGGAUUAUGCAUACAUUCUGUGGGACUCCGGAGUACCUUGCUCCAGAGGUGCUACAAGGCCACCCAUACAAUCCUGCAGUGGACUGGUGGGGCCUCGGCACUGUGCUGUUUGAGAUGCUCUAUGGACUGCCUCCAUUUUACAGCUGUAGAAAAGCAGAGAUGUUUGAGAACAUACUUCACGCUCCUCUGCAGGUGCAUAGUGGGGGGUCUCAGGCUGCCUGCUCACUGUUAGAGGGAUUGCUGGAAAGAGACGUCUCCAAACGCCUAGGUGGGAGCCGUGACCUUGUGGAGCUGCAGGAGCAUCCCUUCUUUGGAUCUAUCAACUGGGAAGACCUCCUGGCCAGGAAAGUUAGACCCCCGUUCAUCCCAAAAGUGACCGGUCCCUGUGAUGUCAGCUACAUUGACCCCGUGUUCACACUACAACCUGUCCCUGCCUCUGUGAAUGAGAGGUGCCAGGCCGGCGGGACCAGCGGGGCCUUCCCAGGAUUCUCCUUUGUGAACCCAGUGGAGUAUUUGGCAGCAGAGCCGGUUUCAUAACAAUGCCAAAUCCUCUGGGAACAUGUUUGUUCAAAUAUUUAUUUAAAUUAUUAUGUCCUAAAUUAUUAAAUCAAAGUCUAUUUUUAAACAA